AUCAGGAUUUGUCAAAUGAAUCAUGUGUUCACCUUUUUCACGCUGCAUAUUAACCGAAUGCUUCUCUUUCAGGGCAUCCAAACCGUGUCAAAAUGUGCAAGCUCACUCUAACUGCAGCUCUCUGUUUGAUCAUCGCCUGCUUGGGUUUAUCUGGCAUUGAAGCAAACUCUGGCCCCUCCUACCCCAACAAUGCAUUCUCCUGUGCUGGAAAACCCGAUGGGCUAUACCCCAACCCUAGUGACGAACAUUCUUUCUUCUACUGUGUAGCUGGACAAGUAAAUCUUAAACAAUGCGCUGCAAAUUUGGUCUAUAAACCAGCCAUUAAGGUUUGUGACUAUCCCAAAUUUGCAUUCUUCUGCGUUGGAAAACGCGAUGGGCAAUACCCCAACCCUAGUGACCAACAUUCUUUCUUCUACUGUGUAGCUGGAAAAGCAUUUCUCAGACAAUGCCCAGCAAAUUUGGUCUAUAACUCAGCCAUUAAGGUGUGUGCCUAUCCCGAUAGUCCAGUCAACAAGGCAAACGACUGCUAUGGAAGAAAAGAUGGGCAGUGUCACGGCUUGGCUUCGCUUCCUGUUUUAGUUUGAAGUUUCAUGUCUCUUGUGGUCCUGGGUUAACUUCACUUCCUGCCUUGUCUUGUGAUUGCGUGAUUGAUUCCACCUGUGUCCAAUCACCUGCACCUCCCUUGUGUAUUUAAGCCCUGUGUGCCAGUUGUCCUUUGUCGCGUCAUUGUCUUACGUCAC